UAUUGCGUCAUGAAUUCCACCGGAUGCAGCUGUUCCUCUGUAAACAUGGCGUCCGUAACAACAGCCACCUCGGAGUGGAUCCAGUUCUUCAAGGAUGCUGGUAUCCCCGCUGGUCUGGCUGUCAACUACGCUGUGUCUUUUGUGGACAACAGGAUCCAGAAGAACAUGCUGAUGGACCUCAGUAAGGAGAUCAUGAUGGACUUGGGCAUAACAGUCAUCGGUGACAUCAUCGCCAUCCUCAAGCACGCCAAACAGGUCUACAGACAGAGCGACUGGGAAUGCCUUGAAGAUCGACGGUCUUAUCGCGAUCCACAGGACAUGUGCAAAAUGGCCACGCAGGCUAUAACCUCAGGACAGUCCAACAUUCAGACGGAACUUCGAAGAACUGCCCACACCCCGGCCACCCGUAUGAUUGCCAACGCCUUGAGUUGUGACUCACCGCCAAGUACCCCUGCCCAUCGCCCUGACAACAGACUCUCAGUGACCGUGUCCAACAAACAGGCCAAGAUUGGCAAAGCAGUGCUGAGCCGGCCUGCUGACGAGGGUAACGGCGUGCCGGUGAAGCGGCGGCGUGUGACGGCGGAGAUGGAAGGCAAGUACAUCAUCAACAUGCCCAAAGGCACCACGGCGCGCACCGCUCGAAUCCUGGCCCAGCAGGCCAAGAAAGGGAACAAGCGGAUGUCUGUGUUUGAGCGCCUGGGGGCGGAGUCCAAGGCCGACACGACCACGGGCGUCAGCAAGGCCACAGGUGUGUUCAGCCGCCUGGGCCAGGCCGACGAGGCAGAAGAGGGAGCGGCAGGAGGGGAGGAUUUAGAGGGAGCGGAGGAGGUGGAGGAGGAGGAAGAGGAGGACAGUGAUGGAGAGGGUUCGGUCCUACAGUACGCUGGUGUCCUCAAGCAGCUCCCGCCACCCCAAAAGAAGGAGCCUGUAGCCCCCAAGUCGGCCCCCAUCACCCUCCGGCGCCUGGGGGCGAAAUUCAAACUCCUUCCCACCGACUCCCCCACCUCCUCUUCCUCCCCUGAUCGUCUUCCGCCUGUCAAGCUUAGCGUGCUUCAGAGGCUGGGCAAGCCCCCGGCGGCCCCGCUGCCUGCCGACACCCAGGACAGCCGAGUGACCAGCACUAGAAAUAAAGCUCGGCCCGGCCCGGCUCUGGCCAGCCCCAAGGUCAGCAGCAGCACCGGGGUUGGUGGAGGGGAGGGUUUUGGGGCCCAGAUGGACGUAGGCUCGGUCAGUGUCUUUAAGAGGCUGGGUAGCAAGAGGUCCUAACGCAUUUCGGGGCUACGUCUGGAUCGACAGCUUUUUUUAUGUUCUAUUGUGUGCAUCCAUCCCCUCUACCUACUGGCGUCGUGAAAUCCUCUGAGGUAUUUUUGUGUGUUUCUUGAACCGUUCUUCUCACUUAUUUCGUCAUAUCUGAUUCGGUGUUAAGGUAUCAUCUCCGCAACUCCCAGCAGACUCUGUGCAGUUGAUGUGGAGAUGUGUUUUCCGAAGCGCGUCCGUGCUGCCCUGCUUGUCGUCACGCUGCUCCCUCAAGCAGAAUGUCUGUACUGUAACCACUUUGUGCAUCGCAGGGAGCUCAUUUUCUGGUCUUUCACCUAGAUUAAGCUCACAGGCUCCCAAACGGCCCCAAGAAUUCUCUAGGCCCCGACGAGGCAAUGCGAGCCUAUUUAAUUAUUAACCUCCGGACCCCAGACAGUGCUUGCCAAUUGCAAAGCCCUCUGCUGGCCCCCUGGUUUCCGUUGUGACUUUAUAUCAAACCUCGGCCUUUAUAGAGGUUAGGGACGGCCGCUGCAAUGGGCCUGGUUGAAUACAUAUGCUUGGAUAUGUUGCGUCUCGGUUUUAUGUUUUGAAGGAUGCGUUUAGUCAGCUGCUAACCUCUCCUCCAGGCUAGUACAAGCAGGGUGUAUGAGCCUGGGAUAUCAAGGAUUCAAUGUUGUGAAGUGGAAAGAACCAUAGAAUUAAAAGCAUGUCAUCCCCCAAACAUGUUUUACCACAUUGAAUUUUGUGGUAUCCAGUCCAUAGUUAUGCCCUACGGGUUCGCUGGAGUCCGAGAUUUGGCCACGCAACUUCCAGAAGAAUGCCUCCCAAUCCACGCUGUUUCCUAUCAUGCUGCUCGCUUAAUCAGGAUGUCAGUGCUGUCCUUCCAUGUGACCUCAGCCUGGUGUCCCUGAAAACGCAGCUUUUCGCCCAGUGAUGAUAAAUACUGGGCCACAAGUAGUCUCUAGGGCGUUACGACACGACAAAACCUCAGGCAGCUGACCCUCCCGCCUUCCCGGAUGGAAGUGGGACUCUUGGGCGCGUCCUGGGAUCAAAGCCAGGCCUUAACGACGCCUCUGCCCCGUCAUGCAGUGCCUUAGAGCGUUGCGCCACUCGGGGGUCCAGGAAGGCACGGGGGAGACGCUGAAGCCAGUGCCAAAAGUGGCAUUCUGACCCAUAGUUCUGCUAAAGAAGUCCAACUCGGUUUGUCCACUAGACUGUUGUAAAUGUACUCGUCCAUGCAGACUCGUGGUGGGCUUUGUUCAAACUGUUUUACGCCACGCUACUGCACCUCAAAGGAGAGGAAACCCUCUCUGCUAGUCUCCAGCUAUUUUCUUUUAUUACAUUUUUUUAUGUUACCAACCCAGCCACCUUCACAGGGGCCUGACCUGUGGUGUAGUGGAGGGUUUUAGCAUGUUAAAAUCUUUACCGUGCUCUGGAAGGCUAGCCACUGAGACGUUGAUCAUAUCCAAGCAAGAAAACCACAUUUAGGCAAGUAGGGUUUUUCAAAAUUGAAGGGAUGGUUGGAAUGCAGGAUGUAAUGGAUUUUAAUGGCUGUAUAACCUCAGCACUAGCGUGCCAGCUGCUGGGCUGGCCUGGGCCUGCUUUACUGAGAACACUCCCCUGGAGACCAUAUCGCUGUGACUGAACCUAGACUGAACUGAACAGCUACAGGGUGAACGGCACAUCAAGCAACCUCUCAACCCACAAACAAGAACCUCAUCACCUUAGUUUCUGUUAACUGUAGAGACAUUGAAAUGCAUAUUGAAGUGAAUGCACCUCCACCACAUUGAUCCUCUGGUUGUGUACAACCAUCUGCUUGAAAGCCACAAGAUUCUGACUUCUAUUCAUAGAAUAGGAAGUUACCCGUUCUUGACCUGGAUGUAGAUGUUGUGUGGGUUUUCCCCUGUAGCUUAUUUAAUAUGUUACAGGAAGAAAUCUAAUUAUCUGCCAUAAAAUAGCAUGUUACAAGAGGUGGUAUAUAAUGUCCCCUUAAUAAUGAUACAGUACCUUGGUGGUGUCACCCAACUCCAUGUCAUUUUAGCAUUUUUUUUUUUAUUGAACUUAAGUAUGGAACUUUGCUAGACUGUAUAUAGUUUAAAAUAAUGAAAGGAACAAGCAGCGUUUGAGGUGUUGGUGUUCUUCAAAUGUAAUGGAACCAGGCUCCAUGCCUUCAAUGAGUGAUCUUGAAGAUAAAAAAAAUAAUAAUAAGAAAAUGUUGGAAAGGUGCUCUUGCUUUAUUUAUUUUACACUCCCUCUUUUUCUGAAUACUUCAAGCGCCAGGCCCUCGUGUUUUUAUCCUACUUGCUGUUUGGGCCACACUGUUUUAAUUAGAUAUCUUGUCUCUGCAAGUCUGAAUGCAUUGUCAAUAUUUUGCAUCCAGGGGAAACAACAUUGAGCUGAUCAUUUAUCAAUAACUCUGUUUAGCUGCUACUUAUCUCCCGAACAGAUUAUCUAUUGAUGAGUUCAGUGAGAUGUUUGUUUGCAUUGGGAGUGUUGUAUUUGCUUUAUUGACUCAUCCUGCAUUUAUUUCCUCUGCCCAAUCCAUUUCACCACAGAUUGUUGCAAACGCCCAUCCUAGACGUCGUUUGUGCUGACCGCAGUUGUCUUUACCAAUGCAGAAUAUCAGAGUUGGUAACAUGCCGACUUUGGCCCAGCCCAUAUGUUCCCUGGGACAAUCUAAGCAAUUGAAGUGUUUGCAUUCUAAUGUAUUAAAGUCGAGUCACGCUUGUGUGGUGAUUUGAUUGUCUGGCCCCAGUUUCCCAGGUAAGGAGGUGUCUGCACUGGGUGUAAAGUAAAUAAUGGCGUUCUUGAAAUGAGAAAUGACCUGUCACAAGAACACAUGAAAAACGUCGAGAGGGAUGCCCUACACUUCGUCCAGCGAUCUACUCCGCGUGGUCUUGUCCGAGUAGAGAUUUGUAUUAAAAACAAUCUCUUUUGAAGUGGAAACAACCAAUUAUCCUCUGAGUGGAUUCAUGCACCUGUUUCCCAAAAUAUGAAAUACAUUUUCACCCAGGGCAAACCACUACUACAGGGAGGCCCAGGGCAGACAAUUAUACUGCCUUGUUGGAUUUAGAAUGCCUUCUAUUCGCUAAAUACCUAGAAGUUUACCAGGUGUAGGCUAAUGUUCUGCUAGUGGAAGAUACCCUAUGGACAAAACAAACAAUAUAUGCAAAGUUAACUCAUUUAUGUGUUAAAGUGGUGAGCUUAGAAUAUAGUGCCAUAUGAUCGAUGUGUGUUUAUAAAUAUGUAUUUAUUCACACAGUACAGUUCAUAAGUGUUUGGACAGCGACACUGUAAACCCGAGUUAUCAU